AUGGCCACGUACUUGGGUUUCUGUGUUCUAGUGAUCAUGCUUCAACUUGCAACUGCAUUUCCGAACACCUUGAAUGAAUCAGCAUGCGCUGAAAUAUCUGUAGGGUUUGGGAUAUACCAAGACAUCUGCCCAGAGGCUGAGCCCAUUAUCUUCUCCUGGGUCCAAAAGGCUGUCGCCGAGGACCCCAGAAUGGCUGCCUCGUUGCUUCGCCUACAUUUCCAUGACUGUUUCGUUAAUGGGUGUGAUGCUUCGGUGUUGCUAGAUGACACACAGAAUUUUGUUGGAGAAAAAACUGCAGCUCCAAACUUGAAUUCCCUGAGAGGGUUUGAAGUAAUAGACUCCAUUAAGUCAGAACUCGAAUCUGUUUGCCCUCAAACCAUUUCUUGUGCUGACAUCCUUGCAACUGUUGCCAGAGACUCUGUUGUUCUGUCUGGCGGACCCACUUGGGAAAUCCAAAUGGGAAGGAGGGACAGCUUGAGUGCAAGCAAAGAAGCAGCAAACAACGACAUCCCAGGCCCAAACUCAACCGUUGCAACCCUCGUGGCCAAGUUCGAGAAUGUUGGCCUUGCGCUCAAUGACAUGGUCGCCCUCUCCGGUGCUCACACAAUCGGCAAAGCCCGAUGCCCAACAUUCAGCGCUCGACUCCAAGGAGCCGACCAAAAUGGUCUGGAUAGUAAUCUUGAUUUUGUUGCCUCCCUGCAACAGCUAUGCUCCGGAUCAGAUAGCAGCACUGCAGCAGCACAUCUUGACCUGGUAACCCCGGCCACAUUUGACAACCAGUACUACGUUAACCUACUUUCUGGGGAGGGACUGCUGCCAUCCGACCAGGUUCUUGUUAGUGGCGAUGAACAAACACGUGAAAUCGUUGAAACCUACGCCGAAGACCCGUUUGUGUUCUUCGAGGACUUCAAGAUUUCUAUGUUGAAAAUGGGUGACUUAAGGGUGCUAACAGAGUCCAAUGGAGAGAUUCGCAAGAACUGUAGGGCUAUUAAUUAAUAAAUAACCUAGCUUUAUUGAAUAAACCUCAUAUAGAGGCGUCAUGGGAUGCCCAUGCUUUGCUAUAGGAUGCUUUGAAAUCAUUUCUUUUUCUUUGUCAGAAUUGAUUGCAAACCAAUGCGCAUCAGUUGCUAUCACAAAACGGUUGUUGGGUUGCAAAAACAAGAUGUUAUGCACAGAUCAAGCGGAAAAUCUAAACAUAGCAAUGAAUUAUAUUGUACAAAAAAUAACAUUCUAAUACUAGGUAAAGGCAUGAACUAAAGGGCACGCAGGCUUAAUUCACCGAGCCACUUCUUGUGAGACAGUAAAACCUCACAAUAAUAUAUCGCAAACUCAAUGCUCAAACAACCGUUAUCAUUAAACAUGCCAUUCAGCAUUU